GGUGUCCCGGCUCCCCCCGCCCCUCGCCGCCCCCUCGCCCGGCCCUGCCGGCGGUCCCGGGGCUGCUGCCAUGGAGCUGCCGGCCGUCAGCCUCAAGGCUAUCAUUCUGGUACAUUGGCUGCUCACAGUGUGGGGAUGCAUGAAUUACAUGUUGCCACUCUCCUAUGCCUGGGGAAAUUUCAGUGUCCUUGCAGUGGGGAUCUGGGCCAUUGUGCAGCGAGAUUCUCUUGAUGCCAUAACGAUGUUCCUGACUGGCCUGCUGCUCACAGUCCUCACAGACAUCAUUCACAUCUCUAUCUUCUACCCUUCCCACGACCUCCUCAGUGAUGCGAAGCGUUUCAGUAUAGGCAUGGCCAUCUUCAGCCUCCUCCUCAAACCCGGGUCCUGCUACUUGGUGUAUCGGAUGUAUCGGGAGCGUGGAGGAGAGUACACCUUGAACAUAGGUGUCACCAGUGCAGGCCGGGACAGCAGCACCUAUGAGCCCAUUGAUCAGCCAGAUGCUCCUCCACAGUGGCCUUCCUCAAGCAAGGCAGCCCAGCCACCAUACUGAGGCACCCUGCAGCCAGGACAGACACUGCCCUUGCCCAGCCGAGCCUUCCACUCUUCCCACUGAGCAGCACCUGCUACUGGGAAAAUAAGAGAAGAUCUGAUAUUUCUUUUGCCUACAUAAAGGUUAGGCAGAUGGGUUCUGCAGUAAGUCCAGAAGAUCUUGGAGGUGUCAUGUUAAGCACUGUGUAAUCCCAGUACUCUCCUUUCUUCCCUCCCCCUAAAUCCCUCCUCUGUACAUGUGACUGGAUGCACGUUCUGCAGUCUUCCAGUCUUCCAUUGUGCUUCCUCUUCUUUAUAAGAGAACCACUCAAAGUACUCCUGGACAAGCAAUCUUUAAAAGGCUUAUGGACUGCCCUAAAGCAAUACAGUACAGCCUGAUUUUAUGCAGCUAUAUUUCCAGGAAACACCUGGGAGUUCCCAAGAGCUGUUUUUGAUGGCAUUAUUUAACUUCUUGUGCUCCCAGUAUCUGGUAUUGGGUUUUAUUAAAUGAUGCUUUUAUGCAAGUUGAAUGUCCUUCAGGAUACUUAAAAUGACUGUUGAAUGUUGAUUACAGAUCCUUUGUGCCUUGAAAUAUGCUUUUGCCUUAAGCUGCUUGUCUUAACAGAACUUGAAAUGUUAGACUUUUCUAAGAAAACUAUAAAAUCAACACAGUUUUUCUGUGUUAGAAAAAGUUA